AUGCCUACGGAGUACACCGAGAUCGCUUUUGCAGUCGGAUCUAUCCAUUUGCUGCCCUUCUUGCUCGGCGUAUAUAUUUACCGUAAGCCCAAGACUCCUACGGGAGAGGCCGAUAUCGCAGGUCCGAUGUCCACUUACCUACCAAACUGGGCGAUAUGUCUUCCAAGUCAUGUCUAUAUCCAACGUCUAUUUACUACAAGGAAAAGAAGUCAAACCGAGGUGAGCAAGCCACUGAACGUCGUCAGCUUGACACCGCCUGUUGAUAUAGAGUUGAUGAUCGGCGUUCAACCAAGACAAAUCUCACAUAUACAGAUGAAGUGGCGUGUAGGAAGUUCCAUAAAAUUAGGUAGUUAA